AUGGUACAACGUGCAAAAAAUUUAGAAGAUGGGGAACAAGUUCCACCUAUUUUAGAUUGGAAUGGAUUAGGAGUGUUCUCUGAAUUAUAUAAAAGACUUUUAGAUGAUUAUGAAAUAAAUAAUAGAUGGCCAAAGACUCUUACAAUACAAUAUAAGUGUAUUAAUGAUUCAACAUCGCAUUCUAAAUCUUGUACAUUUCCUAUUCGGUCAGAAGUUGAUUCACCUGAUUUAAUUUCAAAAAGGUUAUAUGGUCUUCUUGGAAAUUCAGAUAAUUUGUUUCCAUGUUCAAGAUUAUCAGCUUCAGCUAUAGUCAAUCAAGAACUAUUAAUUAAUCAACCUUUUGUAAUCAAUUCCAGUGCUGCUACACUCAAUGGAUCUUCCGAUUCCCAAAUUAUUUCUGAAAAUGCCCAAUCAUCAUUACCAUCAACCAAUAAUAUCAAUUUAAGGGAAUCUUCUACUCCAAAUUUGAAAACUACAAGAUUGCUCAAUAUGAAACCCGCCACUACCACAGGAUUAAGAUCAUCAUCAUCUACAUCAAAAUCAAAAUUGAAGUCAUCAUUUAAAAAAAAUUCUAGAAUACCAUCAUCACCAUCCAAUAAUACUAUUCUUCAAUUUUUCACCAAAUUAGAUCCAAAUUUAUUUAUCAGAUGUGAAAAAUGUUAUCGACCAAUAUCCAAUGAUAAAUUAGCUGAACAUUUAGAGAAUUGUAGUAAUGAAUCUAAUAAUAAUUUAAGAAAAAGGAAUAAGGAUAUUAGAAAUUAUUUUCAAUUGGAAAAUAAAAGUUAA